ACCAAUUUGGUUGGCAAAUCAGCAAUUGCCCUUGGUUCAUGGGUGCAUUUGCUCUUAGUCUAUAUGUUGCUAAGAUAUCAGACAAUUAUGACUCAACAAGCUACACAUUUUCCUUGGCAAAAGUCUAAAGCACAUGGAGGUAAGCCUGAAAGGAAAGCUAGAGUUGAAGAGAACAAAUGGGCUAAAAGCAGCCAUAGGCAAAGCAAGAGUGUGACAAUGAUAUAUUGGUGCACCAACCACGAAUUAAAAUACUUCCUUAAGAAAAAGGUCUUCAAAUAAGGAACAGCUCCUUGAAAACCUCGCCCAAAAAAAAAAACUUCAUUGAGAAAUGAUUUAGACAGAGAGAGAGAGAGAGAUGGCAGGGAGGUCUUGUUACAGAGAUGUGUUGCCCUUUGCAGCCAUGGUUACAGUGGAGAGCACCAACGUCGGCUUAAACAUCUUGUUCAAGUUAGCAACCACAAAAGGGUUGAGUUACUAUGUGUUCAUUGUCUACUCUUAUGCUUUUGCCACUGUUCUUCUCCUCCCUCUUCCUUUCAUUUUUCCCAGAACAAGGCUUCCUCCAUUGAACUUCUCUCUUCUCUUUAAAGCUUUCCUCCUUGGACUGAUCGGGUUUGUGGCAAACAUUUGUGCAUAUAAAGGUAUAGAUUACAGUUCACCAACUCUUGCUUCAGCUAUGAGCAACCUCACUCCGGCUUUUACAUUCAUACUUGCCGUCAUCUUCAGGAUGGAAAGGCUGAGUUUGAGAAGCACCAACACUCGAGCCAAAGUCAUGGGUACUAUAGUGUCAGUAUCAGGUGCUCUUGUAGUGGUUCUCUGUAAGGGCCCAACAAUUCUAUCCAAUACGUCAGAGAGAAAUUGGGUAAAAGGUGGCCUAUUGCUCACUGUCGGGUACCUUCUGUUCUCUGCCUGGUCUAUACUUCAGACGCUUCUUUCUUUUCGAGAUUCUUUAUUAAAGUUGGCUAAAAUCUCAUCCUACACUAGCAAUCCAUUGAAGUUGAUAACUCAUUUCAUGAAGACAUACCCGGUUGAGCUAGUUUGGGCAUUGUUAUACAACUUGUUUGGAACCAUUAUAUCAGCACCAGUCUGUUUAUUCAUAGCCGAAACAAACUUAAGUGCCUGGAGACUACGGCCUGGCGUAGCAUUGAUUGCCAUUAUAUACUCGGGGCUCAUUAUUUCAGCGUUCAGCACCAUUGUUUCGACAUGGAGCCUAAACUUGAAGGGUCCUGUGUAUGUGUCAAUCUUCAAGCCAUUGUCGAUUGGCAUUGCUGCCGCAUCCAGUGUCAUAUUCCUCGGCGAUGAUCUCUUUCUCGGCAGUGUUUUUGGAGCUGUAAUGAUAUCCAUAGGGUUUUAUGGUGUAAUAUGGGGACAGGCAAAGGAAGAAGAAAUGAGAGAUCAAGACUAUGAGUUUGAUAGCUUGAAAGGGCUACAUAACGAGAAAGAAGUCAUUAGAGACCGGAGUAAAGCUGGUGGACUCCGGCAACUGGUGACCCGUUUCCGGCGACCGGUGACCGGUGACUUGAAUCCGACUACCAGACUGGUGACCAAAUUCCGACGUCUGAAUUUAUUUCUCCCUAAUAAUAACCAAUAACCAUAUUAUUGCCCCCCCUAGUAAUCAUAUUAUU